AACUCCAGCUAGGGUUUUCAGAGGCGUUUUAUCAAUCUACACACCAGGAGCUGAGCAGCCGGAGAGCAGAGACGAAGGAGCUAAAAUGCCGGCCGGUCACGGUGUAAGGGCGCGGACGAGGGAUCUCUUCUCCCGUGGAUUCAGGAAGCGCGGAACUAUCCCGCUGUCCACCUACCUCCGGAUCUACCACGUCGGAGACUAUGUCGAUAUCAAGGUCAACGGCGCCGUGCACAAGGGCAUGCCGCACAAGUUCUACCACGGCCGCACCGGUCGUAUCUGGAAUAUCACCAAGCGCGCCGUUGGCGUUGAAGUCAACAAACAGGUUGGGAAUAGGAUCAUCAGGAAGAGGAUCCAUGUCCGCAUUGAGCAUGUUCAAGCUUCCAGGUGCACCGAGGAGGUCAAGGAAAGGAUCAAGAACAAUGAUCGGCUCAAGGCCGAGGCGAAAGCCAGAGGUGAGGUGAUUAGCACAAAGCGGCAGCCACAGGGUCCCAAACCCGGUUUUAUGGUGGAAGGUGCCACUUUAGAGACGGUUACACCCAUCCCAUACGAUGUGGUUAACGAUCUCAAGGGUGGAUACUAAGAUGUAUCUUUUAUGAGAAUAGUUAAUCAGCGUUUGAUGCCUUCUUGGAAUUUUGUUUUCAACUCGCCUUCUUUUUGUACUACUUAUUUAUUGAACAAUAUAGCCUUUGCACUGAAUGAAUGGCAUGAUAUUCUCAAUGAAGUGUUGAUUGUGGUUG